AUGCCAAAGACCAGCGAGAAGACUCUUCUCACACCCAAUCCGCCGCUGGACACGCCGGCCCUGACUGAUGCAGGAUUAUGCUACUCAUACGAGAUUGCCCGUGGAGAAAUAGGCGUGCUUUCCUUUGAGCCAUACAAGAGUCUAAUUCUGCCGUACUGGGCCUUUCGCACGGUACCAAUCGCGCAGAAAUCGGCACAAGUUCUGUGGACAAUCUUCCAGUCGUACGUCGAACGUGACGAUCUCGUGGGUGCCGACAUGACGAGGAAAUUCAUCCAGAUGGGCAUGACGCGUGCCCGGAGGUACGCGAACCAUAAAGGCGGCCGAAAGUACGACAAGGACGGCAGGCAAUUGGACAAGUGGAGUGGUGACGAUGCCGGGGGUAAGAGGAAGGAGAAGGAGGAGGCCAGCGAGAUCUUCAAGGCGUAUUGGCGGAGGUGUGUCGAGUGCGAAAAGUAUGCUCGGUUGAAGAAGGAUUGGGCUCAAGCCAAGAAGGAAUAUCUCGAGACUCGGCGGUCAGAGUCCUGA